GCUCUUUUUGCUUUAGAUAAUGAUAAUAAUAAUAAUAAUGAUAAUAACAUCAUCCAAGCCUUCAACCUCCCCGCGCCAGACUUCUUCUUCAACCCCACCACCUGAUAUUAUUCUUCUGUCCACCUCAUUCAGAUUCCAUCGCUUGGCGCCCUCGCUCGUCAAGCGAUUCUUCCUACCUUAUCAACAGACCUAUCCAUCACGCAUUCCGGAGCAUCGAUACCCGGACGUACAAGCUACCAUCGCGAACAGAGUUUCAACAUUCACACACCCGUCCCGGUAUGCGCCACUCGAUCCCGCGGGUUCCUCCCAACUCUGUUCUAGCUUGAUUCGGCCGAACCCUCACCUACCUACCUACCGCGGCAUCUCGCGAACGAAAACACCUGCUGUCAUUCGAAAACAAAAGAUGUACCCAAGGAGAACGACACCCUACGAAGUCGAAGCGUACAAAGCCAGGUGGGCGAUGUACGCGCGGCUUGGCCAGGGACAUGCGCCGGGUGCCGUACGAGGCCCACACUACAACGGCCGCGGCACUAGAAGCGCCAGUCGCGGUGGAACAGCCGCUGCGUCUGGACCGCAUUCCAUCUCCGAGGGUCAAGCACAACUUCCACAAGGAGGACGAGGACGAGGACAAGUUGGGUUUUAUCUGAGAAAAGCCGGUGGUAAGUUUCAUCUCCCUUAUUUGCCGUUUUCCUCCCCAUCUCCCUUUCGUGGAGACCACCUCAUUUUAUCUAGCCGGCAGCCCGAAGGACCCCCGACCCGGAAUUCUGCUGCUGCUGCUCUAUGGAGUACUUCUCCGCCAACCAACGCUAUAAUUCCAUGCAUCUGCAAGCGAAAGAGGUACAGUCAAGCGCAUAAUGACUGAGAACUUCGCGCUUGCUAGGUGCCAUGUGCACAUGUCAGACUUCCAAAGGAUUACCGCUGCUCUGCUUUCAACCAUACUUGCUCUCUGCCUUCGGA